AUGGCUGCUCCCAAGAAAGGAGAUCUUUCAGCAGCUGAGCGAGAAAUAUUACAGGUUAUUGCUGCAGGCGAUGUGCAGGAGGUUGCACGGCUGCUGGGGUCCAAGGACGUCAGAGUCAACUGUCUGGAUGAGUAUGGAAUGACUCCCCUAAUGCACGCAGCAUACAAGGGCCAGGCAGACAUGUGCAGUCUGCUGCUACAGCACGGGGCAGACGUCAACUGUAAUGAACAUGAUUAUGGAUACACAGCCCUCAUGUUUGCUGGACUCUCAGGAAAGACAGACAUAACCUCCAUGAUGCUGGAUGCGGGUGCAGAGACAGACCUGGUCAAUUCAGUAGGUCGCACGGCUGCUCAGAUGGCUGCUUUCGUGGGCCAGCAUGACUGUGUGACAGUGAUCAACAACUUCUUCUCUCGAGCGCGGCUGGAGUACUACACUAGACCCCAGGGGCUGGAGCGAGAAGCCAAACUGCCUCCCAAACUGGCUGGACCUCUUCACAAGAUCAUCAUGACCUCCAACCUCAACCCUGUCAAGCUGGUGAUGCUGGUCAGGGAGAACCCUCUGCUGGUGGACGUGGGAGCAUUAGAGAAGUGUUACCAUGUCAUGGACCUGCUGUGUGAGCAGUGUGUGAAGCAGCAGGAUAUGAAUGAAGUCCUGGCCAUGAAGAUGCACUACAUUAGCUAUGUGCUGCAGAAAUGCAUGGCCUUCCUUCUGGACCGUGAUGACAAGCUAGAUGUGCUCAUCAAGAGCCUGUUGAAGGGGAGGGAUGGAGAUGGUUUUCCUCAGUACCAGGAGAAGUUCAUUAGAGACUGCAUCAGGAAGUUUCCCUACUGUGAAGCCGCACUUCUACAGCAGCUGGUCAGGAGCAUCGCACCAGUGGAGAUUGGUAACGACCCAACAGCGUUCUCGGUGCUAACCCAGGCUCUCACGGGUAAGAUGGCCUUCAUAGACGCUGAGUUCUGUGCUACGUGUGGAGAGAGGGGGGCCGAGAAGCGAUGCUCCCUCUGCAAAAUGGUGACGUACUGUGGCCUGAUGUGUCAGCGUCUCCACUGGUUCACCCAUAAGAAGAUCUGUAAAGGACUGCAGGAGAAGGAUGCCCCGAGGCUGAGGGAGCUCAAUGAUGAGGAGUGUGACAUGGUGAAGGAGACAGCCAGCUUCCUGGCAGAGCUGUGUUUGAAGGCAGAGGAGCGCAUGGUGUCAUCAGGGUGUCCCGGUCCCUCAGCGCCAGACCAGCUGAACAGCCCCUCCACAUCCUCAGAGGGACCACCAUCCUGCCACCAGGAAUGA